AGGAGCUCUACGGUGACUUUGAAGACCUAGAAACGGGGGACGUGCACAAGGGAAAAUCAGUCUCAGAUACUCAGGCCCAUUCACAGAGGAGCCAUUUGGAUGUUCUUUUCCCAGAGGAGCUCUACGGUGACUUUGAAGACCUAGAAACGGGGGACGUGCACAAGGGAAAAUCAGUCUCAGAUACUCAGAUUGAAGAUGUAGAAGAAGAAGUUAAAGAAGAAAUUGACCCCCAUGAAGAGGAAAGUGCCAAGAAAAAGCAUUUGGAUAAGAAGAGAAAAUUGAAAGAGAUGUUUGAUGCAGAAUAUGAUGAAGGAGAAAGCACAUAUUUUGAUGAUCUUAAAGGAGAAAUGCAGAAACAAGCACAGCUUAACAGGGCAGAAUUUGAAGAUCAAGAUGAUGAAGCCAGAGUGCAGUAUGAGGGUUUUCGACCUGGGAUGUACGUCCGAAUUGAGAUUGAAAACGUCCCGUGUGAAUUAGUGCUGAACUUUGACCCCCAGUACCCAAUUAUUCUGGGUGGUCUGGGCAAUAGUGAGGGCAACGUUGGGUAUGUGCAGAUGCGUCUGAAGAAACAUCGUUGGUAUAAGAAAAUCCUCAAGUCCCGAGAUCCAAUCAUCUUUUCUGUGGGGUGGAGGCGGUUUCAGACCAUCCCACUCUAUUAUAUCGAAGACCACAAUGGCAGGCAGAGACUCCUAAAAUACACUCCACAGCACAUGCAUUGUGGAGCAACCUUUUGGGGUCCUAUCACUCCACAGGGAACUGGGUUCUUGGCAAUACAGUCUGUUAGUGGCAUAAUGCCUGAUUUCCGGAUAGCUGCCACAGGAGUUGUUCUUGAUCUGGAUAAGUCCAUAAAAAUUGUGAAGAAAUUAAAGCUAACUGGUUUUCCAUACAAAAUUUUCAAGAACACUUCAUUUAUUAAGGGAAUGUUUAAUUCGGCCUUGGAAGUGGCCAAAUUUGAAGGUGCUGUGAUUCGAACUGUCAGUGGAAUAAGGGGACAAAUUAAAAAAGCGCUUCGGGCUCCAGAAGGAGCUUUCCGGGCCAGCUUUGAGGAUAAAUUGCUGAUGAGUGAUAUCAUCUUCAUGCGAACCUGGUAUCCUGUCUCCAUACCAGCCUUCUAUAACCCAGUAACAUCUUUGUUGAAACCAGUGGGUGAGAAAAACACCUGGUCAGGAAUGCGGACAACAGGUCAACUCAGGCUUGCCCACGGUAUCAGACUAAAGCCAAACAAGGAUUCUCUGUAUAAGCCAAUCCUGCGGCAAAAGAAACAUUUUAAUUCACUCCACAUUCCAAAAGCCUUGCAGAAGUCCCUGCCAUUUAAGAACAAGCCCAAGACCCAAGCAAAGGCAGGCAAGGUGCCAAAGGACAGGCUGAGACCAGCCGUUAUACGUGAGCCUCAUGAAAGGAAGAUCCUUGCGCUGCUGGAUGCUCUGAGUACAGUGCACAGUGAGAAGAUGAAGAAGGCCAAGAAGCAGCGGCAUCUGCACAAUAAAGAGCACCUCAAAGUGAAGCAGAAGGAGGAGGAGGAGAGGCUGAAGCGACAGAAGGACCUCAGGAAGAAGCUCUUCCGAAUUCAGGGUCAGAAGGAAAGAAGAAAUCAAAAGUCCAGUCUGAAGGGAGCUGAGGAGCAAUUGAAGUGAGCCUUUAGAAUGGAGGGACUGUCCUUUGGAUCUGCAGAGAUGAAUGGUUUCAAAUAUCGUAGUACUUGUAAGUAACAAGUCAGGGGACGAGAGCCCAAGAGGGACCUCUUUAUUGAAUGCAUCACCCAUAUGAUGCCUUCAACAGGAGAAAUGGGGAAGACUGUGCUGCUAAGACACAUGUUCAUUCUCAGCAUCCUAGUGGUGUAGAGAUUUAAAGCAGUGGAAUUUAUGGUUAUGUGGAUUCUCUCACUUUCCUCUACCUGUCUCAGUUUAAUUAUUUUGUGCUACAAAAAUAUCAUUAAAAUAUUUUCCUGUUAA